UCCGCUGGAAUCCAGACAUAAUAGUGGGGUGAUCUUUCAGCAGAAACUCUUUUUUUCAAGAGACAUUCCUGCCAUUAUGAAUGAAGUAGCAAUAGUGAAGGAAGGAUGGCUUCACAAGCGAGGAGAAUACAUAAAGACAUGGAGGCCAAGGUAUUUUCUGUUGAAGAACGAUGGCACGUUCAUUGGCUACAAAGAGCGGCCGCAGGAUGUUGACCAACGGGAAUCCCCUUUAAAUAAUUUCUCCGUAGCUCAAUGCCAGCUGAUGAAGACAGAACGACCUAAACCAAACACAUUCAUCAUUAGAUGCCUCCAGUGGACUACAGUAAUUGAAAGAACAUUUCAUGUGGAGACUCCAGAGGAGCGGGAAGAAUGGACAAAAGCCAUCCAAACAGUAGCAGACAGCCUUAAGAAACAGGAGGAGGAAAUGAUGGAUUUUAGAUCUGGUUCCCCUAGUGAUAAUUCAGGUGCUGAAGAAAUGGAAGUUUCUAUGACAAAACCAAAACAUAAAGUGACCAUGAAUGAGUUUGAAUACCUUAAACUACUGGGAAAAGGCACUUUUGGGAAGGUCAUUCUAGUUAAAGAAAAAGCAACUGGACGAUAUUAUGCUAUGAAAAUCCUGAAGAAGGAAGUUAUUGUUGCAAAGGAUGAAGUAGCGCACACGCUGACAGAAAACCGCGUUUUACAGAAUUCUAGGCAUCCAUUCUUAACAGCUUUAAAGUAUUCCUUUCAGACACAUGAUCGUUUGUGUUUUGUUAUGGAGUAUGCUAAUGGAGGAGAGUUGUUUUUCCAUCUGUCAAGAGAGCGUGUCUUUUCUGAAGACCGGGCUCGGUUUUAUGGAGCUGAGAUUGUAUCAGCACUGGAUUACCUGCAUUCAGAGAAGAAUGUGGUUUAUAGAGAUUUAAAGUUGGAAAAUCUUAUGCUGGAUAAAGAUGGACACAUAAAAAUAACAGACUUUGGGCUAUGCAAAGAAGGUAUCAAGGAUGGAGCAACAAUGAAGACUUUCUGUGGCACUCCAGAAUAUCUUGCACCAGAGGUGCUGGAAGAUAAUGACUAUGGUCGUGCAGUGGACUGGUGGGGCUUAGGAGUCGUAAUGUAUGAAAUGAUGUGUGGCCGGCUCCCUUUCUACAAUCAGGACCAUGAGAAGCUCUUUGAACUUAUCCUCAUGGAGGAGAUUAGGUUUCCACGCACUUUGUCACCUGAAGCAAAAUCUCUUCUGUCAGGUUUGCUGAAGAAGGAUCCUAAGCAAAGGUUAGGUGGUGGCUCUGAUGACGCAAAGGAGAUUAUGCAACACAAAUUUUUUUCUGGCAUUGUUUGGCAAGACGUAUAUGAGAAAAAGCUUAUACCUCCAUUUAAACCACAAGUUACAUCUGAAACAGACACAAGGUAUUUUGAUGAAGAAUUUACAGCACAGAUGAUUACAAUCACUCCACCUGACCAAGAUGACAGUAUGGAUUGUGUAGAUAAUGAGAGAAGACCUCAUUUUCCUCAGUUCUCCUAUUCAGCCAGUGGAACAGCUUAAUGUUUUGCCUUUUUUCCCAUUCAGAAACAAAACAGACUACAUUUUGGGGACCUUACUUCAAUGGACACUAGAAAACUGUCUAUAUUAUCUGAAUUACAAACUAUGUUUGUACUACAAUUUACAUGAAUUUGUCGGAAGCCUCACAGAUUCUGUAUUUAAAACAAUUCUCUGAUGCAUUUUUGAGAAGAAAACAUUUAAGAAUGGAUUUGUUUAAGUCAACUUUUAUGCUGAAUGACUAGGUUUUUAAGAAUACGCACCAAAACGGUUUACAUUAGAAAUAAUUAAGAUAUUCAACAUAUCAGCAACUCUGACCAGAAAAAUCCCCUUAUUUUAUUUAUUUCAUACAGUUCAUUAUCUAAAUAUAGAAUCUGCACUCUGAACAAUUAGAUUUAUUUAGGAAGCUAUAAAGACUUUAGUAGCUAGUGCAAUAAUAUAAGCAACAAAGUGAACAAACUCUGGAGAGUUAAAGGUUCAAACUCACUUUGGACAGCAAUGAAGUGUCAUCCUGCUCCAGAAAAUCAACUAUAGGAACAGCAUUAAUGGCCUCAGUGAGGUAGUUCAAAAAGCAAGUUAUUUUGUUAUAACAUCUGCUACAAGACAUUAUGUAUCAAAUUGAAUUCUGUGGAAUCUAGUCCAUUUCUACAUCGCACAGAUGAGUAUUCCAUUCAAGAUAGUGCAUUUAAUUAUUCCAUUUGUCUAGAAUUUAGGAGUAUUUAACAGGAUCGGCUGCUCAAAACUUAGAAAACCGUCUGAUUACCAGUCUAAUCUAAAAUGCUAUACUGCAGAAUU